GGGGCUAGCAGCGCGGGGCGGGGGGUUGGCAGGCGCCCGCGCGGAACCGCCAACCAUGGGCGUUCGGGGCGGCGGGCAGGGCCGCGCGUCCCGGCUGCGCUGUUGCCUUGCAGCGAGCUUGGUGCUGGUGGUGCUGGCCGCGGGGGCCGGGCCGCUCGCAGCCGGAGAGUGGGAGCCGGCGGACGGGCCGCCCGAGCCCCGCGGCCGCUCCCCUUUCCAGCCCAGCACCGGCCUGCCCCCGGUGGAGUUCGGGGCGGUGGUCGCGGCCUCGUACCGGGGCCCUGGGAACGGCGACACCCGCCGCAACCGGGAGCUGCCCAUCCUGCUGUGGUGGAGCCCGGGCCUCUUCCCGCACUUCCCGGGGGACACGGAGCGCAUCGACUGCGCGCGCCGCUCCUGCCUGGUGACCCGGCGCCGGCGCGUGGCGCUGCACCGGCGCACCAAGGCCGUUAUCUUCUACGGGACGGACUUCCGGGCCUACGAGGCCCCGCUGCCGCGCCUGCCCCACCAGACCUGGGCCCUGUUCCACGAGGAGUCCCCCAUGAACAACUACCUGCUCUCCCACCGGCCCGGCAUCCGCCUCUUCAACUACACCGCCACCUUCCGGAGGGAGUCGGACUAUCCCCUGACCCUGCAGUGGCUGCCCAGCCUGGCCUACCUGCGCCGGGCCGCCCUGCCGCUGGCGGAAAAGGAGCGGUGGCGCCAGCAGGGCUAUGCCCCGGUGCUGUACAUGCAGUCCCACUGCGACGUCCCCUCCGACAGGGACAGAUACGUGCGGGAGCUCAUGAAACACAUCCAGGUAGACUCCUAUGGUAAAUGCCUGAAUAACCGAGAGCUUCCCAGUGAGAGGCUGAGGGACACUUCUACAGCCACAACAGAGGAUUCUGAAUUCAUGACCUUUAUCUCCAGGUACAAGUUUCAUCUUGCCAUGGAGAAUGCCAUAUGCAAUGACUACAUGACCGAGAAGCUGUGGCGUCCAAUGCAUUUGGGUGCCAUCCCUGUAUACCGAGGCUCCCCAUCUGUGCGGGACUGGAUGCCUGAUGACCUCUCCAUCAUCCUCGUGGAUGAUUUUGGAAGCCCCCAAGAACUAGCACAGUUCCUUGACUUCCUGGACAGGAAUGGAGAGGAGUAUUUGAAAUAUCUAGAGUAUAAGAAGCCGGGAGGCAUUACGAACCAGUUUCUGCUGGAGAACAUGGAGAGACGUGAGUGGGGAGUGAAUGACAUGACUUUGCCCAAUUACCUGAAUGGCUUUGAGUGUUUCAUCUGUGACAGGGAGAACAUCCGAGUCGCUGAUGAGAGGGAUCAUAAGAAAUCUCGUGGGAAAGUGCCAGCUCCUGAACCCCACAUAGCUCAGUUCACACACAUGGGAUGUCCCAUGCCAGCCCCUGGCUUUGGAAACAUUGAGGAUCUCUCUGCAGGAGACAGCUGGAAGGAGAUGUGGCUACAGGAUUAUUGGCAGAGUCUUGACCAGGGUGAGGCUCUCACCACCAUGAUUCACCACAACGAGUCUCAUCAGGGAAGAUUUUGGGAUUAUAUGCAUGAGAUCUUCGUGAAGAGGACCAGACAGCAAUGACCAUCGUCAUGAGCACCUGGUUCAGUGUUACACAGAAGGCUGGGAGGGUAGGGACUUUUACCUGUCUCCGAAGACACUGUCUUGGAAUGCAAGAGGAAUUGCUCAUCUUGUAUCUCAUUCAAACUUUGAAGACCUUCCCUUCAUGGGAUCUGAGGACAGUCAGUCUCUGAUCAGGCUUGAGUUCACCACACACACACACUCUACUUCAGCAGUGGAUUCCCAUCCUUGUUCUGGAGGCACCGUCUUCUGGGGUCAGAGAAGAAUUCAGUCUCUUUGUGCUUUCAGUGUAAUUUCCUCUGACCAAAAAAGUAUUACACUUUGUGCCAAAUGACUUGGAACAUGGGCCUGUUGAGGCUGAACUGAGGUGUCCUAAGUUUGUUUCAUUUCAGGAAUUUAAUUCCACAUAUUCAGUAUUAUUUUUGUAAAGGCUUUUUAUUUCACUAGGCACUUAUCCCUCCCGUUAAGAUGGGUGUUUUUUUUAAAAUCAGGGAUACUAGUAAAUACCCGGCUUUUAUGAACAAGUAAUUUUUCCAGUGAGGAAAUUAUGAUAGAUUAUAUCUGGGGAGAAGGGUUUUAUGCCUUAUGAAACUUCAGUGGUAAAGCAUUCCCUCUUCAAGUGAAUAUGCCUCAAACAUAGUAAAUUUCGGGAAGUCUUUUCCCUUCCCCUCCCCUCCAUCAAACAGCGUUCACUUCUGUUAAAUGAUGACAAUCUUAGUGGUCUUGGCAAAAACAUCAUUUCAGAUGUGGUAUUUCUUACUCCUGUAAAUCUCAUAAUGAUCAGGAUAUGGAAAGAACUCUGCAAUUUAUACCCCCACACUGUGUGGGCAUGAGCACAUGUGCGAUUUACAUGCUGUGUGAGUCCAAUUCACUAUUUAUCCUGUGUUCCGUGAACUAAUGACAACUGAUCUUAGACCAGCCCUCUAACCCAGUAGUUCUCAAACUUUUUUUUUUUUCACGGAUCACUUGAAAAUUGCUGAGGGUCUCGGCGGACCACUUAAUGAUCUUUCCAAAUAUUGUUUGUACCGUUAGCUAACUAUUGUAAAGUGCUUUGGAUAAAAAUUCUAUAUAAAAACAAACUUAAUAAUAAACUUUUUUUUUUUGGUUCUACAGAUAAAAACACACAACUCCUAUUUUAAUACCAUCAGUCUUACCUUUCUAAUGUGAUGGAUGUGCCCUCUCUCCCCUGCUGCGGCAGCCCCUGAGUUGAGGCUGGGAAGGAGGGGGGUCUCUCCCCUGCCGCAGUAGCCCUAGAGCUGGAAAAAGUCGCCUCUUUCUCUGGCCGCCGCAGCCCCUCUUCUCACCCCACUGCCCCCUCCCACCUACCCCCUAUUCCUCCCAAGGCCACCACCUCACCUUACAUGUGUCUUCUCCAGGGUCCAGGUACCUAAUUAGUGGAGCCAUGCCUGCGCGGCUCCACUAAUUAGGUGUGUGGCCCUUCAUUCUUUCAUGUGCGGCAACCCAGACACGCCCCUUAGAGGGAACUUUUACGGACCACCUGAAUGGAGCUCGCGGACGACUGGUGGUCCGCGGACCACAGUCUGAAAACCCUCCCUCAGUCUUUUCUCAGAGGCAACAUAUCCAGCUUCCUAAACGUCCUCUCAAAGGUCCCAUUUUUAAAAUAAUUUAGUCUUCAUGUCACUUUCUUCUGAACACUCUUGUUUGUCUUUUUUUAAAAGUAUUUAGAAUUGAACCAUAGCCAUAAUCAGUGUGGAUGAAAGUGGAAUAAUGUUUUACAUUUAUUACUGCUAUUAAUACAACCUCUUUUACAACAGCA